AGACGGUUCGUCGUAGGUGAUGAUGGCAUCGUCGCACUUAUCGGGUUCCCAUUGCGGCCCAGAUCGUCCUGACACGGCUGCAUAGUGACGCACAUGCCCCUCCAUUCCGUCCCCGGCCCCCGACGAAUGAAACAUAGGUAAAGGUAAAACGAAAUGAUGAAACAGCAAGCAAGUCAAGUACACAUGAAAAAAAAAGGACGUGAUCUCCGGGCAAAAGGAAAAAAAGUAAAUAAAAGGGUAACGAUUGCGAUAGCAAUAAUAAAACAAGGGGAAAAAAAAAAUCAAUUGAGAAAAUCAAAUCCAAUAAAACCAAUAAAACUGAGAAAUCUGGUACUUGCCUUGAUGAAAGGCAUGAUUUCAAUCUUUGCCCGAUUUUUUAAGGUGAGCUCCGUGCUCUCGCUUUCUCACUCACUUGAUUCCAAGAAGACGAGGAAACGCAGCCCGCGCACUGACGCAGAAGUCGCUCAGGAAAAUUCGGCCUUCAGUGCAAAGCCUUUUCACCUGAUAGAAAAGGUUCAAAAGGUGUCUGACGGCGUGCGCUGGUUCAAACCCGACUUUACACCGAGCAACACGACGAGCAAGCCCCCAAAAAGGUUGAGUUGCAAGGAAUAAACCUGUACGUCGAGGGACCUGCGCCAAGCCGUUGCUAAACGUGGCGUAUAAUGCCGUGUGCCUCCCCGACAGGGCAGCACAGGAUGCAGUGACCGAGCUGUCUGUGUAGCAGAUGUAGCAACAGCAGCAACAGCAGCAACAGCAGCAACAGCAGCAGCAGAAACGCUGGAGAGGUUUGAAAAGAGAGAAAUGUCCCCCCGGAAGCAGCGGGUGAUGGAGAAGACGCAGCCCAAUAGAAGGUGAGA